AUGACGACCGGGUCGUCAUCGUGGCUGUCACGGCUCAAGAGGCUAGACGCGUACCCGAAGACAAUUGACGAAUUUAAAACGGACACAGUUGACAAGAUGAUGCAUGACAUUAUGCACGACAUUGAGAAAAUAUCGCUAGAUCCCAAUGGCCAGGCUUUGACUGAAGCGAUGCGCGAUGUCAUCGGUGGGGCGCUGACCAAUCACACAGAUUUGCACAAGGAGGCAGAGAAACCCGCAUGUGGGAGCUGCUAUUCGGCUGGUGAACCGGGAGAGUGCUGUAACACUUGUGAAUCAGUUAAGGUCGCGUACGAUCGAAAGUCAUGGAUGAUGCCAAGUCUGCACACGAUCGCGCAGUGUCAAGAGAAUGAGAUUGAAAAAGUUUUGCGUGGAGAAGUGAAUGAAGGCUGUCGCAUCAAAGGAGCGCUUGUCGUUUCUAAGGCGGCUGGCCGAUUGUACUUUGCUCCGUCCAAAUUUUUUCGCUCGGGAUACUUGUCUUCUCAGGACCUGGUCGAUGCCACCUUUAAAGUGUUUGACACAUCCCACACCAUCCACUCGCUGUCAUUCGGCGAAUUGUAUCCGGACAUGAACAACCCACUGAAUAACCGUCAAAAGCAGCUUCCUGAGACUUCGCGAGGCUCGUUUCAAUACUUUCUUAAAAUUGUACCAACUGAGUACACUUUUCUAUCUGCUGACCGUAUCAGUACGAAUCAAUUCUCAGCCACUGAGCAUUUCCGUGAGCUCACGCCUGCUGGGGAUAACGGCCUCCCAAUGGUUGCAUUCAGCUACUCCUUCUCGCCCAUCAUGUUUCGCAUCGAACAAUAUCGUGUCGGAUUCUUACAAUUUCUAACAAGUGUCUGUGCAAUAGUAGGCGGCGUGUUUACGAUUCUUGGUAUUAUGGAUUCGCUCGCCUUUGGAUUUUCGAAUAAAACAAGCACCACGACACUUUUGUAA